AUGAGCUGAUCAUUUGGAUCUGAUGUGUUGCAGCAGGCAGAGAUGGAACACAUGCAGGACACCGGUCCUCGAGGACCGGACUUUGACACCUGCGCCUUAGUGGUUCAGCCUUCCUUGUGCCCAUCGCGAGUAUUCAGCGGAAACAGUCUCCCGCGCAUGCGCCUCAUCGACAUACACAAGCGCAACAAACAUGGACGCUCUUGGCGACGGCACAAAGGAAGAGAGGAAGAUACUGAAGAGAAGCGGCGACGAGGACGAUGAGCCCUCCGCAAAAAAGCCUCCGAGAGUCGAGGUCGACCACAACACAAACGUGGCCGACCACUACAACCGGCUUCAGGAGGCCGGACUGACCGCGCGUAGCCAAAGCCGCAUCUUCUUCAUGCGGAACUUCAACAACUGGAUGAAGAGCGUCCUCAUCGGCGAGACGGUGGAGAAGUUGCGCGAUGCCGGCCACCGGCGCCUCUCGGUGCUCGACCUGGGCUGCGGCAAGGGCGGCGACCUGCUCAAGUGGCGCAAGGGCAACAUCGGCCACUUGGUGUGCGCCGACAUCGCCGGCGUGUCGGUGGAGCAGUGUCGCAGUCGCUACGAGUACAUGCAGAGGAGGGGCCGCGGCGACGAGGGCAUGUUCAGCGCCCAGUUCAUCACGGCCGACUGCACCAAAGAGCUCCUGGCCGACAAGUUGGAGCGCCCCGACCUGCUGUUCGACAUCUGCAGCUGCCAGUUCGUGUACCACUACUCGUUCGAGAGCCGGGCCAAGGCCGACACGAUGCUGAGGAACGCCUGCGAGCGCCUCAAGCCCGGCGGCUACUUCAUCGGAACCACGCCGGACGCCUACGAGCUGGUCAAGCGGCUGGAGGCGUCCGACUCGCUCUCCUUCGGCAACGACGUCUUCCGGGUGACUUUCCGGACCAGGGGCGACUACCCGCUCUUCGGAUGCCAGUACCACUUCAACCUGGAGCAGGUGGUGGACGUGCCGGAGUUCCUGGUCUACUUCCCUCUGCUGGAGCAUAUGGCCUCACGUUACGGCAUGCGCCUGGUGAGCAAGCAGCGCUUCGGCGAGUUCUACCGCGACAAGGUCAAGCUGAGUCACCACCGCGAUCUGCUGAUGAAAAUGGCCUCGCUGGAGGAGUUCCCGGCCCGGCGCGGCGGGCGUCUGACCGCGAGCGGGCGGGCUCCGCCGCCGGGAUGCCUCUGGGUACGCUCAGCAGGUCCGAGUGGGAAGCCACCAGCAUCUACCUGGUCUUCGUUUUCCAGAAGAUGUCCUGACGGAGCGCUGCUGCUUUCAGGCACCUUCGGUUCCAAAGGAACGGCGACUGCUGCUAAAUGGACAAUCUUCGGUGGACAUAUUGUGAAAGAGUGACUCUGAAUUUUUUUUUUUUUUUUUUUUUUUUUCCGGAUUAAAAAAAAUCAAAUAGUUGGGACUUUGGCGUCCUGCGUCCAUCUAUCAAGUGUAAAAUUACAACACCAAAUAAAUGUUUUGUUUAACUGAAA